AUAUAAGUAAGAUAUGCACACAUGUAUUGGUAUAUUAACAGAGAUUAUGAAUUUUUCGUAUAACAGAUUAGGUGGGUUGUGGAAUCUGUAAAUGCUAGAAUUAAGACGUGGCGCUACUUGGCAAGACAGCUUCCAAAUUCUCAGAUCCCACAUGUUGGCGAAUACGUGCGAAUUAUUAGUGCAAUCUGCAACAAAUACAGGCCCCCUCUCAGCAGUGGUGAUGAAGAGAGUGAUUUACAGAUGGCAGUCAAGAUGCGAUACCUCUCUACCCAGACAAAUCUGCUACAGAUGGAGGUAGAAUCAGAAAAUCUCUUUAAAAAACGGUACAUUUGGAGGAAGAUCGAUGAUGAAAAUAUCACCUUAAAUGACUUUCCUAAGUAUACAGAGGAAGAAAUUCGAGAAUUGACUCUUGGUGUGUAUCAAAUUAAAUUGGCAAAGUCUUACACCCAGGAACAUGUGAACCAGGAUGGAUAUGAGAUUUGGAUUGACCAGCACAAACCAGGCCUCCUUGCUGCCAAGAUCCAGAGUAGACAUAUCUCAAGCAAAUGCUACCUGUGCUGGAUUAGGUUUGAGGAUGGUGUCGUGACCUCUUGGUAUUGCCGUUGUAAAUCAGGAGCAAGAGUAGUUGGAACCUGUGCACACGUUGCUAGUGUUAUUUGGUACUUGUCCUUUGCUAGAUAUUCUAACGUGAUCAACCUUCAAUUAGGCAAGAACUGGUUAGACAAUGUAUGUGAUGCAGCGGACAUUCCGGAGGUAGUUGAUGAAAGCGACAGUGAAACUGAAGCCACUGAGGAAUGAAGCCAAUUUAACUUGUUGAUUGUGUAUUUCAAGUUUUGUAUUGUUCAUUUAGGUUGACAGGUUAUUGGAAUUCAUUUUUUCUUUUGUCUGUUUGGA